AUGCCUGCUCGGUUGGGCACGUACUCUUUUGUUGUAGCAGGGACAAAUUUCGAGAUUGACGACAAAUACAAAUUUAUCAAGGCCAUUGGUCGUGGCGCCUAUGGAGUUGUCAUCUCAGCGGAAAAUACCGAGACAAAGGAGAAAGUUGCAGUAAAAAAGAUCUCCAAAGCGUUUGAAGAUCUCGUGGAUGCCAAACGCAUUUUGCGCGAGAUAAAGCUCUUGCAGCAUUUUGACCACGAAAAUGUGAUUACGAUCGUGGACUUGUUGCCACCACCAUCCCUGGCACAAUUUGACGACGUGUACAUUAUUGCAGACCUUAUGGAGACAGACUUGCACCGAAUAAUAUACUCGCGACAGCCACUAACUGACGACCACGUGCAAUACUUUCUGUACCAGAUCUUGCGAGCGCUCAAGUACAUUCACUCAGCAAAUGUUCUUCACCGGGAUUUAAAACCCUCAAACCUGCUGCUGAACUCAAAUUGCGACUUGAAGGUGUGCGACUUUGGUCUAUCGCGAGGCGUUAUACCUGAAGAAGAUAACAUGGAGCUGACGGAAUAUGUCGUCACGCGCUGGUACCGUGCACCCGAGAUCAUGCUUUCAUCGAGGGAGUACACCAAGGCUAUUGACAUUUGGUCCACCGGAUGCAUUUUUGCUGAGCUACUCGGUCGCACACCGCUAUUCCCUGGCGACGAUUACAUCCAUCAACUACAGAUCAUAUGUGACAAGAUUGGAACUCCUUGCGAAGAGGAUCUGCACUUUGUUGUUAGCGAGAGAGCUAAACGGUUUAUGAAAAGCCAGCCUGUGCGGCCUGGCAUGUCAUUUGCAAAACUUUUCCCGAACACUACGCCCGAAGCGAUUGAUUUGCUACAGCGUAUGCUUAUGUUUGAUCCUGCAAAACGUAUUUCAGUGGAGGAAGCCUUAGCGCACCCCUAUUUGGCGUCAUUGCACAACCUUGAGGACGAGCCUGUUGCUGACAGCGUUUUUAGUUUUGACUUUGAGAAAGAGAAUCUCACGGAGGCUCGGCUGAAGGAGCUUAUUUUUGAGGAGAUCCUUACAAUUCACCCAGAAGCAUCAUACAGCGCCUUAAAGUUGCCUCAGGCCAGUUUAGGCAGCCCACUGGUAGAGCAGGUGCUUAGUCCGAGAACCACUAGCAGCGACGCCCAGGAUUGA